AUGGAGGCCAAAGCCGUGGCACCGGAGGUGCGGACGCCUUUCAACCCGAAGCAAGUCGCCUCCGGGGCUUGGCCCCGGACGCAGCUUCUGGAGCCGGCAUCUGCGAUGUCCACGCCGAUUCCGAUGCCAGGACUGGUGGCCAGUGGCAUUGUUCGCACAACCGCGGCUGGAGACAACGGCCACGUCUAUGUUCGUGGAGGCACGCAAUACUACUCGCUGUCUCCAACCGCACGUCCUCCCUCAAAGCACGGGGGAAUGCAGACCGGGUGCUCAAGCGGGAUGGCAGCGAGCCUUCCCACCACCCCGUUGAUCCUGCGCGAGGGAAGGCCAGCGCCACUGGACUCGGUGGAUAAUACGUCCACCGUCCUGGCGACACCCACAAGAGCAUGGUACUCGCCCUCGCGAAUCGAGGACACAUAUGCCGGCUUGGACUUGGCCUGCAAAGCCGCGUCGGGAAGCCGCCGGACGCCGCCGCCGACACCGCCUGCCGCGAUGCGAAGGAUCGUCUCCCGGAGUGCCGCUGAAGAACUCGGACCUGCAGCUGAGCCGGCGAUUCCUGGCACAGGCUGUCCACAGCACGUGCCACAUCGAGAGGCACGACCUGCGCAGCCUGCAGGAGGAAGAGAGCAGCUGCUGGCAGGGGUCUGGGCCUCAAAGCUGCAGGCAGCCGAAGAAGAAAAGCAGGUGCUGUUGAGGAAGCUCGAGGCAGAGAACAGGCGCAACGUGGAGCUCGAGGGCGAACGGAAGGGGCUGAAAACUUCGCUCGACCGCAUGGAGAAGCUGCUCGCCGACAUGGCCGUUGCAUCGCUUCCGCCCCAGGAGGUGAGGGCUCUUUCCCCGCCGUCUCUCAAAGCGUCUUUCACAAUGGCCGCCAGCGAGGCAAGUGCGAGAAGUCGAGCAGGAAGCAGAGACGCUCAGAGUCCGGCAAAGUCGCCGCGACCAAGCAUCCGCUUCGGAUGGAGUAGAGGCUUCUCGAGUUCGGCACGGGCAAGUCCAAGUCGGAUCAGUCAGAGCUGGAACGAAGGGUCGGCAUUGGGCGACGAUUCAAUGUCUGGAAGCUGGGGAAGACGAGACUUUAGCUACUUCCCUGCUGUCAGCCCGCGACGGGAGCCAAAGCUGCAUGCCCUCGUGGGUGAAGCAAGUCGCACAAAGUCUUCGGAGGUCAAUCGCGACAGCGAUCGCUACAGCCUGGUGCGGAUUUGUCAGAAUUUGCCGCCACAACUCAGCCGGCUGAGUGCUGCGGGUUCACCUCUUGCGUCAUAG